GCGGUCUUCAAAGUAGCAAAAUGUCCAACAGAUGAGUUAUCUUUAUCUAAUUGUGCUGUAGUCAACGAUGGAGAUUUUACUGGGGCUAAGCAUAUCCAAGUACAUACAGGAGGAGGACAAAAUUUCGUGUUUUCUAUCAAAGGACAUUCCAGUAUUCCUAGAUACCAUGUUGGAUUUAGUUUACCUCAAAGAAAGUGGGCUGUACUAUCUCUCAAUCAAGAAAUUAAUGUUGAACCUUAUAUUCCUGAUGAAUAUAUUUCAAGUAUUGUGUUGGAGGCGGAUUAUAUGCAGAAAAAAACAACUUCUCAAGAACAGUAUGACACUGAUGAGAUGGCAAAAGAGUUCUUAUAUUCCUUCCCAAAUCAAAUGUUUACAGUUGGUCAACAAUUAGCAUUUGCUUUUAAGGAUAAGAAAUUGUUAUUACUUGUUAUUAAAGACAUUGAAGUGGUUGAUAUUGCAAAAAUAAAAGCAGGUGGAGAGGGUAAGCCAAGGAAGGCUAAAUUGGGCCAAUUGAUCCCCAAUACACUUGUUCAGUUUGAAAAAGCAGAAGCCUCUUCACUUAAUCUAGUAGGUAAAUCUAAAGGAAAAGUUGUUCGCCAGUCUAUAAUAAAUCCAGAUUGGGACUUCAAUAAGAUGGGAAUUGGUGGUCUAAGUAAUGAAUUCAAUGCCAUCUUUAGGCGAGCUUUUGCUUCAAGAGUUUUUCCACCAGAACUUGUUGAACAACUUGGUUGCAAACACGUAAAAGGAAUCUUGCUAUAUGGUCCUCCAGGUACUGGUAAAACUCUCAUGGCUAGACAAAUUGGAAAAAUGUUAAAUGCUCGUGAGCCAAAAAUCGUAAAUGGUCCCCAGAUUUUGGACAAGUACGUUGGUGAAUCUGAAGCCAAUGUUAGAAGACUAUUUGCUGAUGCUGAAGAAGAAGAAAAACGUGCUGGUCCAAACAGUGGUCUGCAUAUUAUAAUUUUUGAUGAAAUUGAUGCUAUUUGUAAACAAAGAGGAUCAGUUGCUGGAAAUACGGGUGUUCAUGAUACAGUGGUCAACCAACUUUUAUCCAAAAUAGAUGGUGUUGAACAACUGAACAAUAUUCUAGUAAUUGGUAUGACAAAUAGAAGAGAUAUGAUUGAUGAAGCUUUAAUGAGACCUGGUAGAUUAGAAGUACAGAUAGAAAUUAGUUUACCAAAUGAAGAAGGACGAGUACAGAUUCUUGAUAUUCACACCUAUAGGAUGAAACAGUUUAAAAAAAUUAGUCCUGAUGUUGACUUACAUGAAUUAGCCACUUUGACCAAGAAUUUCUCAGGUGCAGAAAUAGAAGGUUUGGUACGAGCUGCCCAAUCAACUGCCAUGAACCGUCUAAUAAAAGCAGCUGCUAAGGUAGAAGUAGACCCAGAAGCAAUGGAGAAAUUGCUGGUUUGUCGGUCAGACUUCAUGCAUGCUUUAGAACAUGACAUCAAACCUGCUUUUGGUACAGCACAGGAAGUCAUUAACCAAUUUUUAUCACGUGGUAUUAUAAAUUGGGGAUCUCCAGUGACUAGUAUCAUGGAAGAUGGUAUGUUAUUUAUACAGCAAGCAAGAGCCACUGACACAUCAGGACUGGUAUCUGUUCUUAUUGAAGGCCCGCCAAAUGCUGGAAAGACAGCAUUGGCUGCUCAACUAGCCAAAAAUUCCGAUUUUCCAUUUGUUAAAGUCUGUUCUCCUGAAGAAAUGGUCGGUUACACUGAAACAGCAAAAUGUUUGACCAUCCGAAAGGUAUUUGAUGAUGCCUACCGAUCAACUCUAAGUUGCAUUCUGGUUGAUAACAUUGAAAGACUGCUUGAUUAUGGUCCUAUUGGUCCUCGAUAUUCAAAUUUGACAUUGCAAGCGUUAUUGGUUCUUCUAAAGAAACAACCUCCUCCUGGAAAGAAGCUUCUUAUUUUAUGUACCACCAGCAGAAGACAAGUGUUGGAAGAGAUGGAAAUGUUAUCUGCAUUUACUGCUGUAUUACAUGUACCAAAUUUGUCCAAACCUGAACAUCUUUUGAACAUAUUAGAAGCUUGUGAUGUGUUUUCUGGCAAAGAACUGAAGAAAAUUGCUCAACAAGUUCAUGGAAAGAGGAUUUUCAUUGGUGUAAAAAAAUUGCUAGCUCUAGUAGACAUGGCUAGACAGACGGAUGAACGAAUCAGAGUUACCAAAUUCAUAUCGAAGCUGGAAGAAGACGGCGCGUUAGAGGACCCCACAAUGGCUUAA